AACAGCGAAAGCUACACCCAGCGCCGCUGUUCCCUGUGUUCGCAAUAAAGCAACAUUUCAAAUUGUUUGACCAAUCACAGUGCGUCACAGUGUCCUAGGGCUAGAUAAUCAUCCCUAAAUUAUUUAGUACCUGAUUUAAUAAAUCGGUCGGAUUCAAAAUUUAUAAAUUUUGCAAGUUAUCUUAAAUAUUUGGCAAAAUGACAAAUUUGUAUGUAGAAAAUUUUACUAAUCUCUGUUGGAUAUUCCUUGGGGACAAAGUGUGUUAUGGCUUUCCUUGAAGUUCUUUGAAAUCGAAAUGUGUUCGCGACGGAAAACAGCGUAAACUGGCGUAAACGACGAAUGCGAAAGUGAAAAGUGUUAAGACGUGAAGGUUCGUGUUUCGAUUUGUCUUCAAAAAAAGGUCGUAAAUUUAAAUUAUGGCGGACAAUAUGGCCUCGACAGAACAGGAAAAACGUGUUAAGCAGCUGAAAAGAGAGUUAGAAGGAUGGCGAGAAGUAAUCAUACCAGUGAACUCGAUUUUGUUGUGGGAAAAGAAUUGGUAUCCUGGAAUGUUGGUUGGUCUGACAACCACAGUAUUUUUGUUUUUGUGGUACCUGGAUCCGUCUGUAUUGACAACUGUGUCUGUUCUUGGUCUCAUAACUACAUUGGUUGAUUAUUUAGUUCCAACUUUGACAGCGAGCAUCUGCCAUCCUGAUAGUUGGACUGGUCUGAAAGAACGUAAACUGGAAGAAAUUUGCCGCAAUUUAAUUGCUACACAAACACAAUUGAUGUUCUAUUGGGCUCUAUUUUAUGACAUGCGUCAGUCACGUCCUCGAGUGAGACAUAACCUUCAUGGAAUUGAAGUACCCCAGUUUAAAUCAAUUAAGAAGUGCUACAUUAUUUAUAAUUUACUCCCGCAGCACCUGCCCAAACAAAAUGCCAGUCAAAUACGUUGGUUUGCAGAAGCCAAACUCUCUGUGGAUCAAAUUCGAGAAAGAGUUCUUAAAGUUUGCACUGCCUUUGACAAGGUCACUGCUGACAAGAGAUUGGUCACAUCAAAAAGAUAUUUUAGUUCCAAGCCUCCUCUCAGUCUAGAAAGUAUUCGUGACAGAGUGUUAUUGGUCUUAAAACUGUAUGAUAAGGUAGAACCCACAAAGUUGACAGUAGAUUCACAUUUCAUCAAUGAUUUGGGACUGGAUUCCCUAGAUCAUGUAGAGGUUAUUAUGGCGAUGGAAGACGAGUUUGGAUUUGAAAUCCCUGAUGGUGAUGCAGAAAAACUACUGAGACCAGCAGAUAUUGUUCGAUACAUUGCAGAUAAGGAAGAUAUAUAUGAAUGAUAACUUGGAAGUGUGAUAAUUAUUUUGUAGCAUUGUUAAUUUUGAAAGUUUGAUUGUAUGAUUUGUUGUAGGAGCCAAUGUUUUCAAACUGGCAUCAAAUUAUCUCUUUCCACUAGUUAGUCAGAAAAGGAACUUUUUUGCCAGAAUUGUACAUUGGGAGAUAGGUUGAAACUACUACUGAAGUAAGUUUUGCCUUCACUGGUGUAUAUUAAAAUGUGAGAAACAUUGAUUGUUUUAUUGCUUCAUCUCUUUGAUGAGGUAAUGAAAAUUGUAUAAAACGCUUCUAGCCCUGUGAGCGAUGGCAUCAAGUACAGAAAUAAAAUUGCCCUCUAACACAUUGGGAGAAAAGAAUAUGAUUUUUUUGUAUAAAAUGAUACUAAAUGAGUUAAGAAUAGAUGUGUGCCUGCUUCUAUUCUUUGACCUUCCUUGUAAAUUUACCUACCGGCAGAAUUAUGAAAUUGGUGUAAUGAAUGCCUGAUCUGGGUUUGAGAAAGAAAAGGUUAACCACAAACAUAUUCUACUUUUUGGAAGUUCCAGACUAUGCGAGUUGAAUAAUGGGAACUUGUUCUGAAAGUUGAGUAUUUCAAAGUUUGUCAAAUAUUUGCAUUGUUUUGGUUUUGAAUAUCCUACAUUUAGUUGAGAAAAUGACUAUUAGAAAAGAUAGAUAGUUUUCGUUUCUUGCCGCCAUGUUUCAUUGCGACAAUUGGGUAUUAUUGCAGUUAAACAGAAUUGAAGAUGGUAUUUUUCAAUUUUGUCAUGAAUUCAAAAUGAAUAUGUGGCAUUUCAUUAAUUAUUUUUUUCCCCCCCACCUUAACUAAGACAAAGAUUCUGUGGAUUUCUAUUAAGUGUCUGUGUGGCUGUCUUCUUUUAGGGGGGAGGGAUACAUGUACUAGGUUUAUCAAAAUUGACAUGCUAAAUUCCCCAUCAAUAGAGUAAAAUUUCUCAAAAUAUAACUUCACUACUCUACAUUGCCGAGUUGGAAAGUGGCAAUUAGUUGAUCCAACAUUAAAAUUAAGUUGCAUAUCUUUCGUUGUCUGCGAGUUAGAAAACCAUUGACAAGUCAUAUCAGUUACGGAAACAAAACUGCAGGUAUUGUAUAACGAAAAAAAAUUGUACGUUAAAUUAAUAUGAAAAUGUUUUUUACAACACAAGGCAUCUGUCAAAAUUACUUAUAAAAGGUCUGAUUUUAUCUAUUUCCUCUGCAUGCAUGGGAUAACUUUUAGAUGAUUCUAUAAUUUGGCCCUUCAACUCCUGAAGACUUUGAGGUCAUUUGGAAAUUAAGAGUAAAUAAGUGACAAUGGAGAAUUGCUGAAAUAAGGUGCAGAGCAAACAUGGGUAUCCCAAGAAAAUCUACUGAGGGAUCACUUAGUUUAACACAUGUUCUAUGUUGAUUCUUAGGAUAUCAAACCCUGGUCGUGGGUGUAUGCACUAGUCAUUACUCCACUAGACUCUUUGUUUCUAGAACCAUUUGUGGGU